GCCUGGGCCUGGGCCUCUUGGAGAGGGAAGGAGCGGGAACCUGAGCUCCGCGUCGGGAAGCUUAGGUCGGCUGAGCCCUCGGCUCCCAAAGGCAGAGCCGGAAGCGCUACAGUUUGACCCACGAGUCCAUCUGUUUUCGAAGGCGUAGCCCUCUUCCUCCCGACCCUCUCCGCCUCCUCUUCUGCCCUUUCAUCCGGAGGCCGAAGCCCCCAGCCUGGGCGGGGCGGCGCAGCCCGAGCUCCCGCACCCGGAAGAAGCGCCAUCUCCCGCCUUCACCAUGGAGCCCACUGCGCCGUCCCUCACCGAGGAGGACCUGACUGAAGUGAAGAAGGACGCUUUAGAAAAUUUGCGUGUAUACCUGUGUGAAAAAAUCAUAGCUGAGAGACAUUUUGAUCAUCUACGUGCAAAAAAAAUACUCAGUAGAGAAGACACUGAGGAAAUUUCUUGCCGAACAUCAAGUAGAAAAAGGGCUGGAAAAUUGUUAGACUACUUACAAGAAAACCCCAAAGGACUAGAUACCCUGGUUGAAUCUAUUCGGCGAGAAAAAACACAGAACUUCCUGAUACAGAAGAUUACAGAUGAAGUGCUAAAACUUAGAAAUAUAAAACUAGAACAUCUGAAAGGACUGAAAUGUAGCAGCUGUGAGCCUUUUCCAGAUGGAGCCACAAACAACCUCUCCAGAUCAAAUUCAGAUGACAGUAAUUUCUCUGAAAAACUGAGAGCAUCCACCGUCAUAUACCAUCCAGAAGGAGAAUCCAGCACAGCCCCCUUUUUUUCUACUGAUUCUUCUCUGAAUUUGCCUGUCCUAGAAGUAGGCAGAACUGAAAACCCCACCUUCUCUUCAACUACGCUUCCUAGACCUGGGGACCCUGGGGCUCCUCCUUUGCCACCAGAGCUGCAGUUAGAAGAAGAAGGAACUUGUGGAAACUCUAGUGAGAUGUUUCUUCCCUUAAGAUCACGUGCUCUUUUGCGGCAAUGACAGUUUACUGCCUUUUAAUUUUUUUAAUGAUGACAAAAAAUAUUUGAAAGGAUAUGAAUCUUAUAAAAUUGCUGUAAUGACUUAUUAACAUUUGAUACAUGUCUUAAAAUGCAACGUAAACAUACUUUGUAAAUAGAAUUUUUUAGAAUAAAAGAAGCAUACUUGUAGAUAGCUAAAGUCGUGUUGAUCAUGUACUCCAGUAUUUUCUCUUCAUUUUUGAGGUAAUUUAGUGUUUGCACUUUUGUUUUAUGUUUUAAGACUAAUUUUAAUAGAGAACAUUUCUCUAUUUGAGAAUAGAGUCUUAGGCUGGGAACAAUGUUUCUUCUCUGUGCAUUUGUGCUAAUAAAUUUCACAGUCUAAUAGUCCUUUCCAACCAUUCAACAGUACAUUUUCAGAAUUAAGCUGUUCGUAUUCGGUAAUAAAGCCAAUCACUGCUGGGAAAACUGCCAGCGUACAGAAAAGAAUCUUUUUCCCACUCAAUUGGGCUUACAGGCACUUAGAAAGUCCCCUUCUGAUUCAGAGGAAUAUCUAUCUAAUGGAGUUUGAGCCACCUACGGUGUCAAUUUGCCAAAAUACAUUUCUUAUUAAUCUUACUAAUUAAUACUACUUUCUUAAGAUUUUCACACUCUUUGCUUUAUCAUUUUCAUUCCUAAAGAAAAAUCUUGGCAUAAACUUCAGUUAUUACAUAUAAUUUAAUGAGAUUUUUAAAAUACUUUUUCUGUACUUUUUGUUCCCUUUUAAUGAGGACCACUGUACAGUUGAAAUAAUUAGAACAAAAUGGUUUUUGUGUGUGUAUAUGUGACAAUUCUGUUUUUAGUACUAUUUGGAACAAGCGGGCCAUUAGCUAGAUAUGUCUUUUUGUUCUAUGACAAAGUUUGACUAAUUUUACAAAUUUAUAAAUCUUUCAUUGUUUUCAUUAAACUAUAUCUAUUUCUAGAUAUCUGUCUCAUAUAUAUUUCCACUACUUGCAAAAAGCAGAGAUGGAAAUAUGCUAUUAAGAAUAAAUGUUAAGUUGUAGUGCUGUGUUUUGGAAGUUUCAAAUUUUUCAAUAGGAAAUAAAUACCUAAAACUUUUUUUAUAUGUACCAAUUUUAAUAGGAAACAUUAAUUCAGGUUGUGAGAUGGAGUUGCACUUCUGGAUGGACUGAUGAAAUUAUCAAUCAUGAAGAAGAUUGGCAUAUUGACUUUAAAAAAAUUUUAGGGCUUCCCUGGUGGCGCAGUGGUUGAGAAUCUGCCUGCCAAUGCAGGGGACACGGGUUCGAGCCCUGGUCUGGGAAGAUCCCACAUGCCGCGGAGCAACUAGGCCCGUGAGCCACAACUACUGAGCCUGUGCGUCUGUAGCCUGUGCUCCGCAGCAAAAGAGGCCGCGACAGUGAGAGGCCCGCGCACCGCGAUGAAGAGUGGCCCCCGCUUGCCGCAACUAGAGAAAGCCCUCGCACAGAAACGAAGACCCAACACAGCCAU